AUGUGCCACUUUGAAAGGGGUCGACCCACUGUCCUCCACAUCAUCACUUGGAAGGCCACGACCCAUGCAUGCCUCGAGUCGAGACGAAUGCUCGUGCUUCCAGCCGAGGCGAAAACCAAGCGAAAACUCACCCUUCGAGUCAGUAGGGGCCGCUUCCAGAACAUACCUGCAGAAACUCUAAAGGAAGGCGCGAGCCGAGAAGGAAAUUCGCACCAGAAUUUGGAGGGCCCUGAUUCAAGUAAAGGCCUGGUAGUCGCCGCCAGGACGCCCCUUCCUGUCAAACCAAGGCACCAAGUCGACGAUACUUAUCUUGAACAUGUCGUCAACAACUGA